CUGAAACACCUCGGAUGCGGCCAAGAAAAUAAACCCCUUCCGGCACGAUGCGGCCAAGAUUUUUUUAUAACAUUUGGGCAAGGUUGGGUGUGAGUUGCGUCUCGUUGAAAGUCGGAACCAGCGAGAUACGCUUGGCACUCGGGCCCAGAACCCCGGCACAUCGAUAUGCGUUGGUUGGCUGCACUCGUCGCCCGGAAUGAGGGCCCGCCUUUCCUGUGGGAUGGGUUGGUAAAUGUUUCGGAGGGGAUUGUAUACGCUUCUCUUCACCGACGGACCCGCCUAACGGGAGUUCUGUACCGGAAGGAAAACCUCGCCGAGAAGCGUUGCCGUUGUUGGGAUGCCGUUUUGUUGGUGGCGGGAAAGAGAGUGUACCUCACCGGAUGCAACGUAUAAAAGGCGAGCGUAUGUUCGAGAUCACCAACAUCCCACCCCUCUUUGGAACAACCACCCGCACAAGAACAUCAGCCAUGCACUUCCGUCUCUCCACCAUCCUUCUCGCGGCCACGGCCAUCACCUCCGCCCUUGCGGCUUCAUCCGAAGGUCAUUCCCACGGCAACAACGGCGUCGGCCGCGCGAUCGCGCAGCUGAAGGGAAACGCCAACGCCACCGCCGUCGGAGCGACCGCCAACAAGAAGGCUGGCAAGCAGCAAAACAAGGCUGCCAAGCUCGAAAGGACUGCUGCUCAGAAGGCCCGCAAGGCUAGGAAGGCCGCGGCGAAGAAGGCGAAGAAGGCCGGAAAGAAAGGCAAGAAGGGAAACAAGAAUAACACUGCAUCUGCCUCGGCCACGGCUGCUGCUGAGACUAGCGCUGCUGAGGCUACAGCUGUUGAGAGCAGCGCCGCUGAGACCAGCGUUGCCGAGGACACUGCGUCGGCGACCGAAGGUGCUGAGGCUACUGCUACCGUCGAUGACUCGGCUGCCACCGCUACUGUUGAUGAUUCAGCUGCCACCGCUACCGUCGAUGACUCGGCUGCCACCGCUACCGUCGAUGACUCCGCUGCCACCGCGACGGUUGAUGAUUCGGCUGCCACCGCGACAGUUGAUGACUCGGGAGCCGCCGCGACGGAAGUUGCCAGCGAGACCGUCGAUGACUCCGCGGCUACUGCUACGGUCGAUGACUCUGCUGCGACCGCAACAGUCGAAGACAACGCCGCCCUCGCAACCGGCACCCCAACCUUCGACGAGAUCGACAUCUCCAAGAAAUCCGGCGACGGCCCCGCAGCGGUCGCCAACGCCAACGUCGUCUGCCCAGCCUCCUUCGGCGCCAAACAACUCGAAGUGAUUCGCCAGGUCGCCGAGAACGCCGAAAAGACCAAAUUUAACCCGGCCAUUGCCGCCAUCACCGGCAAGUCCGCUGCAGACAAGGCCAAGAUCGCUGCCCUGAAGUGCCAGAAAAACCGCAACAAGGCGUUGAAGAACCAGUGCCAGUUGACCGAGGCGUUGUUGAAAAAGGACCAGGCGCAGAUCGAUCUCAACACCAAGCAGGUGAAGAAGAACACUGCGGAUGUUACCGCUGGGUGCCCCAACGUCGACACCUCCCUCUUCAUCUAGAGUGGACGUCGGCUUCCGAGGCCUCUAUACUUCUCUGCAUUUUGUACAUCCUUUCUUGUAGAUAGUUACCAGCAGCAGACAGGCAGAUAGAGGAGCCUUUUGCCUUUUACAUACCACGCACAUAUAUUUGUACAUUUUCUUUACAUUUCUUAGAUGUACACUCAAUUAGAAUCCGAUUCUGUUCUGACACUUGUACUGCACCAAUAAUACUGCACUUAUUGGUGAUAUGUUCCCUUGGUUGA